GGAGGAGGAGGCUACGGCUCUCACGGGCGGCUGCGGUAGUUCGCUUCGUGGAGAUGGAACGAGGUGAGGUCCUGGCAAACGCCGCUCGUCCGCUCCAUUCACGGCUUGGCCGCUGUUCACGACAGCAGCGGUGAUCCUGUGCAGAUGGGUCAGUUCGCGUUUUUGGCAGCGGUUCACUGGAUGUCCCCGUCCAGCGCACGCGGCGGGCUGCGCGCGCGUUUCAAGGCAGAACGUGGGCACGUUGCGUAAAAUAGAUUUAUUUUCUAAUUUAACCGAGAGAUCAUCGCAGCCAAACGCGCCUGAUGCCACCGCAUUGCACCGUCGCUUCCUUGCCCUAGAUCCGCGCAACUUUUUUCGUCGUCAACGGUUGACGCGGAAAGUCGCGUCGACCAACCAUCCCGUUUUGGAAACAUUCAAAGGCGGCGGCGUUCAACGCAGGGGGCGUGUGCGCACCCGAGCAGACUGUCAGGAUGCCCGUGAAGGCCCCCAUGUACCUGAAACCCGGCCGCACGAGUAAGGGCAAGAAAUCCACGAGGCUCCGGGACAUCCUCUCGGGAGACAUGAUCAGCCCUCCGCUGGGCGACUUCCGCCACGUGGCGCACGUGGGCAGCUCGGGCGGCAUGGGCGAAGGAGCCGCCGCCUUCGGAGACCUCUCGUUCCUGUGGAGCAGCGAGCGUCCCGCGUCCCACGGCGGGGACGGCGUCCUCCAGCGAGCCGAGCGACGCCACGCGGUGCCAGAGGCUCGGCGGGACCGAGACCUCGAGGCACGGGUCGCGUCGUGCCCCGGCUACCAGGCGGCACGCGGCACGACCGGCGUCGGGAUCCCGUCGCCCGUGCUGAGGAACGCGUUCGUGCUGCCCUACACGGGUCCCGAGCAGGCGCUGGUGCUGCCGGGGGUGUCGCCGUUCUGCCCAGGAGGACGCGCGGGGCCGCCCCGCCGGCGCCCCGAGCCGUCGGCGGACACCGAGUGCGGCGCGGGGGACGACGCGAACGGCGAGGGCGCGUGCGGUCGCGAAGACGUCGCCGGUGCAGGGACGUCGCGAUCGACGGGCGGCGGAGUCGUGCGGGCGGCGGCGGCGUCGGCGUCGAGGUCGCCGUUCCCUCUCCGGUCGGCGUCGCCUCCGCCCCUAGUGAACCGACUCGCGUGCCCCGACGCCAAGGGGCCGUGCACGAGUCCCAGCCCCAAGAGGGGGCUCCUUCGGUCCAUCAGGGAUCAGGUGCAAAACAUCACGCUCAGCCCGCCGCUCUCCAGGAGUCGCACCUUCCAGUCGAUGCACGCGACUGAGACGUCGUCUCAGGAGCCCUUGCUGUUGUCCAGCAACGACAUGCACCACGAGGAGGAGGAGGAGGAGGAGGAGGGGGGCACGAGGGCUCCAGCCGGGCGUUCCGCUUCAUGUCCUUCUCCGGCAACGGGUUUGCUCAUCGGCGAUCGACCGGCGUGACGGCUUCGAGUGGGAAGCCCCAACAACCCAAAGCCACGGCGAGGGCCGCCGCCGCCGCCGGCCAGCUCAGCCCCGGGCCCGAGUCGACGAACCCUCGCCGCCCCCCGUCCCGGGAAGGCUGCGCU